AUGCCAGCCUCUCCAGCUGCUGCAUCUAACGGGAAGUCAGCUCGAUCUGCUCGCUCAGCACGCUCCAGUGCAUCAUUGGUGGUCGACGAGCAGCUCAAUUUCUUGGCACAACUCCAUAGAGGUUGCUUUAAUGACACAUCAGCCGAGCAGAGUGAAGACCUGUUGCAUGAGGUGGUGGACAAGAGAGAGGCUGCCAACCUCGGGCGGUGGAAGUUUGAUGCCUAUGAGUUGGAAAGACAGCAUGGCUAUGCUUUGCUGCACGCUGGCUUUCGGAUCGGAACCGAGCUCCUGGAUGAGGCUGGCGUUACAAAUUUCAAUCUACCGCUCAGGGGCUUCUUGCAAGAAGUGCAGAAGCAGUACCACAACGUCCCCUACCACAACCAUGUUCAUGCUGCUGACGUCUUGAGCUCUUGUGCUUACUUCCUCCGCGAGGACCGGCGGGUGAGCCGCAUCCCGCUCGGGAGCAUUCCGCGGCUCUCAGCCUUCGUGGCAGCUGUGAUCCACGACGUGGGCCACUUCGGAAGGACUAACCGCUUUCACAUUGCGAGUCAUGAUCCAGUAGUCGUCCUCUACAACGACCAAUCUCCCUUGGAGAAUAUGCAUUGUACGAUUGGCUUUAGCAUCUUGCGCCAGCCUCAUUCUGCACUCUUCAAGAAGCCAUUUCCAAUGUCGGAGGACGAGUGCUCAGGCUUGGAGGAUAGCGACUUCACGCUCCUGAGGCGUAUUGUGAUUGAAAGUGUCCUCGCCACGGAUAUGUCCAAGCACUUUGAGACCUUAUCUAGGUUCAAGGCCGCUAUCAACUACUCCGAGAGCUCUAACCAUGACACCAAGCAGGACGCUCCGAUUUGCUCCGAAUCUGUGGCAGAUCGGUCUGCCAGAUUGGUAUCAAUCUAUUUGAAGGCUGCUGAUAUUGGCCAUGCAGGAAAGCCUUUGGAAAUCACUCGUCGGAUGACUAUCCGGAUACAUAUGGAGUUCUUUGCACAAGGGGAGGAGGAGCGUGAGCUCGGUCUUCCUAUCUCACCGCUUUGCGAUAGAAAUGAGGUCGACAUAGCAGGGUCACAGGUGGGCUUCCUUCAUCACCUUGUGCUUCCGUUGUACAAGGCAGUGCAUUUUUUCAUCACGAGUGACGAGCUUUUGGGAGACUGCCUCAACCGUCUUGAGGCGAAUUUGAGCCACUGGCAGUCACCAAAUCCAUGUGUCACAACUGGUGACAUCCCUCACAAGCACACUAGCUGUGACUCAGCAGUUGCUUCCCGCGCUGUGUUCCCUCAAGAGCAGAUUGUGAAGCUUAUCAAUGGGUUUGACCACCAGUAGUCCCAAGUACCAGAGGCGCCCAUGGAUUUGCCGUCUUGCUUCUUCGGAAUCCGCUUCUCUUCUACACGCUCGACAAAGAUGCUACAACACUCUGGGUCGGUCAAAUCGCAGGCUUCCAAGCAUAGGCUUCAAUUUUCAGCUUGAUAACACAUUUGCACCUCAACUAACACAAACUCCAGGCCUUUAAUUUCCGAUCUCCAAACAAAGGGGAAACAAGGAAAGGGCAUGACAAGCGUUUCUCCGUGAUGAUUCAGCCGAAAGGAUGCCAUGAGGCACACAGCGACCAAAAUGCUUUGCUUGCCAGGUGUGUUUAUCUAUCAUGCCAGCCAGGUGUGAAUGACAUCCUCAACAGUCUUGGCAGGAUGCAACAGGUGUGAACAUGAUAGUUGGUUAUCUUCAUCAACUUCACCUAUGUAAGGAUGUAAGGCAUCAGAUCAUGAAAAGUCUUCUAAUAUUUGUGACAAAGAAGGUUUGAAGCCCUUGUUGCAGGGUUGAGAAAUGAAGACCCGUAUAUUUGGAGCCGCUCUUGAACAUUGAACAGACUUCCUUUUCGCAAUUGAUGCAUUGCGGACACAGGGGCAUCAAGGUUCCACUAACAACUUUUGCGUUUAAACUUUGAGUUUAUAUAAGGUCAUGGACACGUUGAAGGGGCUAUAUAAUACACCUUGCUUGGAGGCAAUGGCUGCUCUGAGACAGUACACUCUGAUCUACAUCAGCUUUCUUAAUUCGAACAUGGGCAUGAAGUCUUUAGAAGACCCACACAAUGUCCGUUUUAAAAGAAGAAGGCUCACUGCUGUGGUAAGGUGACAUUCAAAC